CUCCCGUCCCGUCCCAUCCCAUCCGCCGCUUCUGCAGUGCUCCGGUCUGCGGCCGCCAUGCCGAGUGGGAGGCGUCGCCGCGGCGGCGGCGGGGGGCGGGGAUCGUUCGCGGGGCGCGGAGGCGGAGUUCAGGGCGGGUCGGGACGCGGGGGCGGAGGCGGAGGUGGGGCUGGGCGCGGGGAGUACGACCAGCAGCGGCUGAGCGCGGAGGCCAUAAGCGACAUCGCCUCCGGCUUAGGGAUGGAAUGCACCAUCAACUAUGGACCUGACCUCCAGAUGUCGCCUCAGAUCAAGUUCCUCAUGGCGUGCGACAGUGGCAACAUCCGCCGCAUCAAGGCACUGGUGGAAAGCUUGGAUAAGGAUGACAGAGAAUCGCUUGCCUCUGCAAGAAUGGAGGGAUUGGGGGCACUGCAUGCAGCAGCGAUGAAGGGUAAAGUUGAGGUUUGCAGGUACUUGGUGGAGGUGCUGAAGUUUGACAUCAAUUCGGUUUCUAGCCCUGAGUUGGGUAUGACACCUUUGAUUUCAGCUGUCUCAGAAGGGCAAGUUGCUGCUGUCAGGUAUCUUCUUGACAAAGGUGCAGAUCCAAAUAAGCAAGAUCAUGAAGGCUAUGCUCCUCUGCAUGAUGCCGCAAAAGGAGGAUUUGAUGAAAUUGGACGAUUGCUGCUAACUGGAGGAGCUAUUGUUGAUAUAUCAUCUUCUGAAGGGACACCGUUACAUGCUGCUGCUGCCUUUGGAAAGAUUGGCAUCAUGCAGAUUUUACUCGAGCAUCAUGCAGAUGUGAACAAGGUCUCAGCAAGGGGCUGUACGCCCCUGGCUGAAACUCUUCUUGCCACUCCGGAAAGACUGGAUGAAUCAACUCGCUUGAAGUGCCUGAAACUCCUUGUUAAGGCUGGUGCUGAUUUGAAUUCUAGACACCCACAAACUCCAUUGGUGAUAGGAACUUUGAAGGGCUUAACAGAAUGUGUUGAAUGCUUGUUGGAGGCUGGAGCAGAUGCCAAUAUUCCUGCUCAUGAUGUUGGUAGCAAACCAAUUGAAAUUGCUGCAGAGUCUGGAAGAAGAAAGCUUGUGGAGAUCCUAUUUCCUUUCACUUCACCUAUUCAAGCUGUACCAAACUGGAGUAUCGAAGGAAUAAUUGCUCAUGCAAAAUCAAUUAACUCGAAGGACAAGGUUAAUCAAGGUGAUAACAAAGAUAGCAAGGUUGAUCAGAAAUUACAUGAUGAAAAAGCUAUCAAGCAGGAUGCUGCUUCAUCUAAAUCUUAUCCAGAGGCAAGUGAUAAUAAAGAUAGAAAGGCCCAGCUAAAAUUACAAGGUGGAAAAGCAGUUGAGGGGAAGGACUAUGCCGGUGCACUAAAGUUCUAUAGUGAGGCAAUUAACCUGGAUCCUAAAGAUGCUGUCCUGUAUUCCAAUAGGAGCUUCUGCCAUGUAAAACUUGGUGAAGCACAUGAAGCUUUCCGAGAUGCUAAUACUUGUAUUAGACUGCGGCCUGGGUGGACAAAAGGUUACUAUCGUAAAGGUGCUGCCCUCAUGUAUCUCAAGGAGUACAAACAAGCAUGUGACGUGUUCAUGGCUGGAAUUAAACUGGAUCCUACAAAUGAGGAGAUGGAGCAAGCGUUCUGGGAGGCAGCGGAAGCAAUGAAGAAGGAACAUUCGGCUGAGAAGAGGGUCAACUCUGUCGAUUAGGGUUUGGUCAAGUUGUGCUGGGUUCAGUUCUUUUGGACUUAUUGUUUUGUAUAUAUCUGAAGACGAACUCUCGAAUAGUUGCAUGAUGAUGUAUGCAACAUUUGUAGGGGGUAAGUUCUAGACUUCUAGUUCUAAAACGUUUAGUUAGACUUGGUGCCACUUAUCAUGAAACGCCAGUCAAUCUUGUUUUGGACAGGUUUUCUUUUGCUCUCCUAGUGUGGCAUCGUGACUAUAUAUGCUACUUGUCCAA